AUUUCGGUUCAGUAGUUAUAGUCUGAGUUCGCCAAGGGGAAAAAGAGUUGGGCGAAAGAAAAACCCUAGAAAAGAUGCCGGCCGGUCAUGGUUUGAGAUCUCGCACGAGAGACUCUUUCUCUCGUCCAUUCAGAAAGAAGGGUACAAUUGCCCUAACCACUUACCUCAGAACCUAUCACAUCGGCGAUUAUGUUGAUAUUAGGGUUAACGGUGCCGUACACAAAGGUAUGCCUCACAAGUUCUACCAUGGACGUACCGGUCGUGUCUGGAAUGUCACUAAACGCGCCAUCGGUGUCGAGGUCAACAAGCAGGUUAGGAACAAGAUUUUGAGAAAGAGGAUUCAUGUUCGUGUGGAGCAUGUUAUGCCUUCUAGGUGUACUGAAGAGUUCCGUUUGAGGAAGAUCAAGAACGAUCAACUCAAGGCUGAAGCUAAGGCAAAGGGUGAGGUCAUUAGCACCAAGCGCAAGCCAGAGGGUCCUAAACCUGGUUUCAAGGUUGAGGGUGCUACAUUGGAAACAGUCACUCCAAUUCCUUAUGAUGUGGUUAACGACCUUAAAGGAGGAUACUAGUCAUUUUGUUUUCUUAAUGUUUGUUAGUCUGUCUGUUUUUGUUUGGAUUUUUGUCAUCUUUCUUUCCUCAUUCAGACAGCCUUAUAAUUUAUGAUAAACCAGACUCAGUUCUUUUUGUGUUUAUUUGAAAUACAUCUAGAUUUUCAGUUAUUCUCAUUA